UCUGGCCCGAAGAGCUGCUCUGCCCAGAGUAAAUGCAAGCUGAGCUCAGCUCAUUCUGCGCAGUCAAACUGAACCACAGUCGCUCACCGCUGUCAUGUACUGGAAACUACACUUGGACUCCAGCCAUAUCUAGGGGAAUAAUGUGGCUGGCUAUUGCAGGUAUUGUCGGCGGAUAUUUAACGGUUAUAAUCGACGAAUGUCAUAGUAUUGCGCGAAUUUUCCCUAAAUUAUUGCGUCGUGGAAUCACUUUUUAAUCAUUACAGUGAACUGAGCAGCUGUUACAUCAACUCAGCCUUUCUGCUCAAUUAUAAACACCGAGUGUUUUAUCCACACAGAACCAACCGGUUUUGUUUUUUCCGCCUCUAUUUUUACCGAAAAAUUACUAGAGGACACUUGCAUUAUUGGUACUUUUCAAUCAAAAUCUCUGGACUAUACAUGACAGUAGCCUGCGCGAUUUAAAGAAGAUCAAGAACAGAUGGAAAAAAAGGGCAAAUUCAAAGUGCUUCUUGUAUUAACAUUUAUGGCCAUUAUUAUUUUCACAUUGUUUUUGGACCACAAGGAUAGUCAUAAACAUAACACACAAGCUACUCCAUUAACAAAAGCUCCUCUGACAAAUAAUAAAAUCAAAAUCCAAGAGGAUUCAUAUUCAAUAACGGCCAUCAAAGACUCUGAGCAUUUCAUGGUGUCUGCGUUUAUUGACCACAGACUGGACGGGGCCAUUCGAGUCAUCAGCAUAAUCAAGAGAAAAAAUCUGCAGCCCCUUUACUGUGUUUACUGUACCCUCGAACAUGACUGCAAAACUGUUGAGACUGAUGUCCAGAUACACACCGACCAUUUUUACUUUCCAUAUGGUGCUUCAGAUGUGAUUUGUAAAGGCAAAAACAUGCAAAAGGCAACUCAUGUCCUCAUAACAACUAGCAAGAAAGAUUCAGCCGACCUCAAAACAGAGUAUCUGUCAAUCAAAAAUAAUGUGGUAACAGACAAUUUCAAGUAUAACUUCACUGUUUGCAUCUCCAACCUUUUUGGAAGCUACAACAAUGUACUGCAGUUUGCUCAAACUAUGGAGAUGUACAAACUUCUGGGUGUACAGCAUGUGGUCAUCUAUAAUACCAGCUGUGGUCCAGACUUGAAGAAGCUUCUAAUACAUUAUGAAUCAGAAGGGAUACUGGAGAUUGUUUCAUGGCCUAUUGACAAGUUUAUGAAUCCCUCUCCAGGCUGGAAUAUCAAAAAACACAAGGGUGAUCUCCAUUAUUAUGGUCAGUUAGUAACACUCAACGAGUGCAUCUACAGGCACAUGUAUCAAUCCAAAUAUGUUCUUCUGAAUGACAUUGAUGAGAUCAUAAUGCCAUACAAAUACACAAAUUUACAGUCUCUUAUGGAAGACCUCCAGUCUGCUAAUCCCAGUAAAGGAGUGUUCCUCAUAGAGAACCACAUAUUCCCCAAAACACAGUUUGAGGACAGCGGGAAGUUCAAGCGAAAAGAAUGGAAUAAUAUAUCUGGAAUCAAUAUCAUGGAGCACAUUUACAGAGAACCUGAACGAAAGAAUAUUUACAAUCCCACAAAGAUGAUAGUCAACCCAAGGAAGGUGGAGCAAACAUCAGUGCAUACUUCCUUGAAGAACUUUGGAGGCAGUUACCAUGUGCCAUUUAAUGUAUGUAGGAUUGUGCAUGUGAGAGUCCCCCUGCAGGGGCGUUUGACCAAAGAGGAACUCUUCGUAGACAAAAGAGUCUGGGACUUUGAAAACGAUCUGAUACCAAAUGUUGACAGAACUUUGAUUCUUUCUGGACUUCUUAAGGAUUUCAGUUGAGAUGUUUGCAUCAGGGAUUUGUAGAAAAAAUGGCAGCAAAAUGAACAAGAAACACUACAAAUUCAAGGCAAGGGGAAAAUGUCCCAGCACACAAUUAAACUAAACCAUUAUGCUGCAACAAUUAAUGUGAAAAUAUAAAUGAAAGAUGAAGGAUGGCCAGUUGGAGGGCUAUAGAUUAGUUAGCUCUGAAUUCUGCUUUCUUACAAGUUCUCUCAUCAUAAACAAUGUAAUGCAGACAUACUGUAAAUAUUAUAAAAUAGUGUGUAAACAUGUUGCAAAACUUUGAAUAACAUGCACUGAUACACUGAUUUGGUCUUUGUAGACCAAAUGUGACAAGCCUUUUCUCAAACACAUUUUUGUAUUAUCAUUAGUUGUUUAAGUAUGUAUUCUAUUAAUUAAUAUUAAUGAUCCUCAUGAAAUAUCAAUCAAUAAUCAGCAUUAUUUGCUAAUUUAAAAAGGAUCUUAAAACUAAAUAUAUACACAUUUAUAAAAAUUUAACUUGCAGAAAAAAACUAAUGAUCAUUAAGCACGAAUCACAUGUUAGAAACAUUCUUUUAGAACAUUUUUAAGAGAAUUUUUUUUCUUAAAAAUGUUUCAGAAUCAUGUUUUAUGUGUGAUUUACAUGAGGUUUUUGCAUGUUAUGCUCAUGUGAACAGAGCUUGACUUUAACACUCACCAAAAGUGGGAAGAUUUUACUUGUGGUGGGCAAGACAGAAACUCCCUGUAGUCACUUUUUUGGGGUUGAAUGUAAUAAUUCAACUGAAGUUUUCUUAAAAGACGGGGUAAAUAAUAAACUGCAACAUGACACUACAAAACUAUCACUCCCACAGAUAUGUAGCCCUAUUCUAGCAGUACUGAUAUGCCCUGCUGGUUAUAAGGAAACAUUUACACGUGGGUCAUAAGGAAAUUUAUCUCAUUAAACGCUCAAAAAUAUGUGGGAUAAGAGAAAGACAUGGGACAUUUUUACUUUCAUUUCAGCUAUUCUCAUGCAACAGCACAUUAGCAAAAUAAAUUGUUUAAAGCAAUGUUUUGUUUGUUUGUUUGUUUGUUUUUUGCUGUGACCAUAUGCUGCCUGUACAUUGGCAAAACAUUUUCAUCAAUAUUUGCAUAUUUGUGCUUUUGUGCUGGGUUAGUUUAAACAUAUUGUGUUAAAGUGACAAAGUAUGGGUAUUUACAGUACUUAACAAUUUGGCAAAAUAUGAUAAAAUACAAAUGUUCAUUUAAAUUUUAGCAAUCAUAUUUUUGUAUGAUCUGCUUACUAUAAGGUCCAUUAGCAGUUCUGUCUGUAACCAUAGUGGCUUUUUUUUUACAAGUCAUUUUCAUAACAAAAUGUACUCCUUUUUAUUGAGAUUGGAUUGUCAAAAAGUCAGUUCAUGGGUUCCUCUAACAAACGUGCCAUUCUUGUAAACAAAAUUAGUUUAAAGUCAACUUCCUUAUGAAUAACAGCUGUAACCUUGUGUGAUAAAAAAAGCCUUUACAACGGUGAAAUAAAAAUGUUUUUGAGGCAAAUGUUAAUCUAAAUAAUGGUAACAGAUAUUUAGGUAUUAUUGCAUAAAAUGUUUUUUUAUUUUUUUUUAUAUUGUAUUGUGCCUUGUUGUGAAAGAUUUAUGUUUGUAAUGAUUGGGACAAUCUAUGGAAAAAUGAUGUGUACGCAUGUGCCACAUGUCUUUCGGAUACGGUAAAAUAAAACAUGUUGAUAUUCUCAA